AUGCCCAUUCUCAAGCACUUAAAGCGGAACUGGGCCACAAAGGAAUUCGGUGGUUCUUUCACUGUUGGGGUGAUUCCCACCCUUCGGGAUAAUUUCUCCUACCUCAUCCACGACCGGACCUCCGGGGCCUUCGCGGUGGUGGACCUCAACACCGACCUCGACCCGGUCCUUCGGUACAUCCAAGCGGAAAAAUGCCCUCCCGGGGCCUCCAAGGCCUGGGCCGUAGGCACCAUCCUCACCACCCACAAACACUGGGAUCACGCCGGGGGGAACGCCCAAGGCGUGCGGCUCCGCGGGGGCGCCGAAGGGGGGGGAAAGGCGGCCGCCUUGCCCGUUAUCGUCGGCGGCGCCCGCGAGAACGUCCCGGGGGCGACGAAAACCGUCCGCGAGGGGGAUUCCUUCGCUUUGGGGGGUCUUCGGGUGGAGGUGCUUGACGUGCCUUGCCAUACCACCGGCCACGUCGCGUACAAAGUGUUCAACCCGGCCAGGUUGGAGGACGGGAUCGCGCUUUUUACCGGCGAUACGAUGUUUAUCGCCGGGAUUGGGGCCUUUUUCGAAGGAACCGCGCAGGAUAUGUGCGCCGCGAUGGCGAAGAUUUACCAGCUGAACGCAUCCGUGGGGUACGAGAUGGAUGCGAAGACCUUUAUCUUCCCUGGUCAUGAGUACACCGUGGGGUUUAUGAAAUUCUCGGAGGCCAACUUCCCGCUCCGCGACCACGCGGAUUAUCACUUUAUUAGAGAUCAGCUGGAGUCGUACCAGAAGGCGGUCGAACACGGCGUCCCCACCGUCCCUAGCUCUCUUUCUGAUGAAAAACGGCAGAAUUUGUUUUUGCGCGUCGUCGAGGAUGAGUUCCGGCAUGUGAUGAAAAGAGAGAGCGAGGUAAAACUUAUGGACUACUUGUACAACAUUUGCGACUGA